AUGUUAGGAGUAGGAUGUAGUGAUCUGGAGCAGCAGUUUCAGAGGGUUCGUGUUGAAUUCAUGGAUGACACCAGCCGAUCCAUUAUCCGGAACGUGAAAGGACCCGUCCGCGAGGGGGAUGUCCUAACGCUGCUGGAAUCUGAACGUGAAGCAAGGAGGUUGCGUUGAUCAACCUG